AUCACUUGGACGGUUUGAGAAUAUUAUCGCGUUGUUAGAUGUCGCCGCGAGAUCUAUACAUGAUCGUAGGGCGUGGGCUGAGUAGAGUGUGGCGAUCCUUCUGGUUCAACAAUAACAUGGACAGGUUUAUCUGGUGUGAUGGUUCGCUUGGCUUAGGAGAAAAUGCACUUUGUCAACAGUCAGGUGUGAGAAUAUACGAAGGAGAAGACAGGACCUCCUUUGACCGUGGAAUUUUGGCAUUAACGACACAUAGGCUUAUUUGGAGAGAUUCUUCAGAUCAGACAUGUAUCCUAUCAUUAGAUCUGUCAAUAGUGGUAUUUCUAGAAGAACAUCCAUCUGGAUUUGCAAAAAGCUCAAAGAUUGUGGUACAUAUGGGCCCACCACCUUCAUCAAAGGCUGCAGGACCAACUAUGACCAGCAGCUCUAACUAUAUUAGGCUGUCCUUCAGAGAUGCUGGGGAAACACAGUUUUACAGAUCAUUCAAUGAUGUUCUUGCGAAGAAACCCUGGGAGAAAAACACUCCUCCGGUCAUUGCAGGAAAAGCUUCUGCUGGACAGGUGCGACAUUUCCGGAGUGGCAUUGUUGGCAUAGAAAGGAAAAUGCAGGCAAAGCAUGAGCAAACCCAACAGAACAUCUCUGUGGCCUUUGAAGACCUCAGUAAUCUUAUUGGCAAGGCAAAGGAUAUGGUUGAGCUGUCAAAAACAAUUGCAAAGAAAAUCAAAGACAAGCAGGGUGACAUCACAGAAGAUGAGACCAUAAAAUUCAAGUCGUAUUUGCUGAGUCUGGGCAUACCUGAUCCAGUGACAAGAGAGACCCAUGGCUCUGGAGCCAUGUACCACAUUGAGCUUGCCAGGGAGCUAUCACGUAUUCUGGAGCAUCCUUUACAGGAGCAAGGAGGCAUGAUGACACUGACAGAUGUGUACUGCUGGGUGAAUAGAGCAAGGGGGAUGGAGCUGCUGUCUCCAGAUGAUCUCCUCAAUGCUUGUAAGAUGCUUCAGCCCCUCCAGCUACCAAUCAGGUUGAGGAUAUUUGAUAGUGGUGUGAUGGUUCUGCAUCUUCUGUCUCAGAAUGAAGAAGAAGUCAUCUUAGCAACUACUGAGCUUCUAAACGAAAAAGGUUCUCUGACAGCAAACGAACUGUCCCAAUUGGUCGGAGUGUCUGUGAUUCUAGCCAAAGAACGGUUGCUUGCCACCGAGAAGUUUGGUGGAGUCUGCCGGGAUGACUCAAUAGAGGGGCUGCGCUUCUACCCAAACCUCUUUCUUACAAAAACUUGUUGAGUAGAUGUUACUGGACUAGCAUAGGCCCAUUCCUUCAAUCAGUGGCAUUUCAAGGGUUUUAUUACGCAGAACCUGGCUUUAUUGGAUGCUUGAUAAUAUCAGCCAUUCACAUGUAUUCAUACAGUGAUUAUGUGUUAGGUGUUCACUAUAAUAUCAUAUUAUGUGCCUCCUUCUUAAGAAAUCUUCUCUUGUGAAAUGUUUGAGUCUAUCAGAGAAGUUUUACAUUUUAUUCAUUGUACUUGUGGAAGAAAUUCCACUAUGGCUUGUAUCACACACUUGUGAAGAUUCAGUGUAUUAAGUAGUGUUAACUGUUGAGGGAGGCCAUAACUAUUUUUCAUAGUUAUGCAUGUUGUUUCAAAAUCGUGCUAAUCAUGAUCAUGCCAUGCAUGAUGUAACUAAAAGAAAAUAAUGACACAAAAAAGCAAAUCCAACUAAAAUGGUGUCCUAAUUCAUUAUAUCCAUAUUGUGCUCAUCACGUGAACGUUUUGGCUACCAUAAUGAAUUUUGUUCUGGAUAUAUCGUUAUCGAAGAUGUGUGCUCAGUUCGUUGCUGGGGCAAUUGACUGCGUGGAUAUAGAACUAGUUAGAAGGUUGAAACAUAAUUGUUAGUUACUUACUGAUUACUAAACAAAGUACUCGGCUGCUUCAACUUACCCAACCAAGUAUACAUAUGGUUAAAAAGGGUGGGUGUUGCCCUGUGAUGGGGCAUGUAAGCCAUAGUCAGGAUUUUUUUGUACUAUACCUCGCAUAUGUAUACUAAUUAAACUGCUAUAAAGUUGGCUUAAUGAAACUGCAUGGGGCAGAAUAGGAUUAGCGUUUUUGCCAUUUUUCCCUAGCUGUUUACAUUGUGCUGCCUGCUUUCUCUUGUAAAUAAAGUACUCUUGUUUCAUGAAUGUAAUAAUAUCUGUUUUGCAUCGUCGAUCUCUAUAUCAGAUGUUACAUAGUAAAGUAUGAACAUAAUAAAUAAUAUAUGAUUACUCCUUA